AUGAUGUCGCAAUACUUACAGGUAUUUGUAUCAGGCGGUGUUUGUGUAGGCUCACCUAUUGCUGGAAUUCACCGCUACGAAAAAUUACACGGUUUGCCGUUUAACUACAUCAAUGUGGCCAUCGUCAAUCAGGGUGAUCAUGGCGCUUUCCAAAAACUGGAACGAAGCGAAAUCAAGCUGGUGGACUUUUAUAAAGCUUUUGGCGACGAGCUUUCAGACCCAAAGAAUAAAUUGGCCUACCGAAAAUACCUGGAGAAAUCAGGCAAAACUGCUCCCAAAGAUAUACCCGAUAUCGCUGUCGAUGGCAAAGAGCUUUGGGAUAUGAUGAUGAAUGAGACUGAAAGAGUUGAUCCAAUCGUGAUGAAUGCCAUCCAUCGGCUGAAAGACAGCGGGCGAUUCAUCACGGCCGCCUUGACCAAUAACUCUGAAACGGCUCAGGACCAGAAUAAAACCUCUGAUUCGUUACGUAAAGUAUUCGAUCAUUUCAUUGAAUCCAAAGUAGUCGGUUUAAGAAAACCAGAUCCAAAAUUCUAUAUGCAUGCAUGCAAGACCAUUGGUGUAGAGCCACACGAAACGGUAUUCUUGGAUGACAUUGGCAUGAAUUUGCGUGCAGCCAAGAAAUUAGGAAUGAAGACGAUCCAUGUUAAAUUGGGGCGGUCCGAGGAAGCUAUCAAAACGCUAGCAACAUUGGUUAACUUAGAUUUGCAUGGUAGUUCUAAUAGCAAACUAUAA